AUGACGGCCAUAGGAGCGCCAGCGGGCGCUUCAACAAUGACAGCCAUUGGAGGAGCACCAGCGGCAUCAACUAUGACAGCCGUAGGAGGAGUACCAGCGGCAUCGACUAUGACUGCUAUUGGAGCACCAGCAGCAGUCAAACUUUUUGGAUUAAGAUCAACGAUAACAACUAUAGGAGCACCAGCGGGCGCCUCGACAAUGACAGCUAUUGGAGGAGCACCAGCAGCAUCAACUAUGACAGCCGUAGGAGGAGUACCAGCGGCAUCGACUAUGACUGCCAUUGGAGCGCCAGCAGCAGGAGCAUCCACGAUGACAGCUGUAGGCGCACCAGCAGGAGCUUCUACUAUGACAGCCGUUGGUGCACCAGCCGGUGCAUCAACAAUGACGGCUAUCGGAGCACCAGCAGGUGGAAAAUCUACUAUGACAGCCAUAGGUGCACCAGCGGGAGCUUCAACGAUGACUGCUAUUGGGGCACCAGCAGGUUGGAGC